GAAACGAGCCAGUCGGCUGCCAACCUGCCUAGAGGGUUGUUGGUUGUUUGUUUCAACAGGAAAAACGAAAACAUUAGUAUUUCUUUUUUUCCUUCUCCACCGAUAUUAUUCCAACCCGGGAAAGGCUCACGCACAACGAUCGUGUCAAGGACAGCAACACCACUACCAGCGUCUCUCUGGAAAAACUUUUUCCCUAUUGUGGUCUCCAUGGUGAUGUUUCCGUCCAUCCAACGAUUCAACGGGCAUUUGUGCUGUGGGAGAAAGAAAAGCAGUAGUCGCUGGGUUGUUUGGACGAUUGUUUGCUAACUAAAGUGUCGGUUGGUUGCGCCGAUUCCUUUGGAGAGCCAAAGGAGAGUUAGAAAGUGACCUUUUUAUUUUACACUCGAAAAUUCAUGGAAAGUGAAAACGACCAAAAAAUACAAGAAACAAAAAAGAACUGAGCGGCGCUUUCUAGUGUAAAUUCGAAAGAGAAAAGAUAUCUCGACUUUUUAACCAUUCUAGUGAAAACCAGCUCUGACCGUGUCUCUCUCUUUUUUCUCGGUCGUCAAGUGCAAUUCCCUUUCGAAGGGAAAGACCGUAGAGUUUGUUGGGCAGCAGCAGCAGCUACACAAGUGUAUGUGUGUUUGUGGUAUCUUCUUCCCUGCCCAGCGAGAGAGAGAUAUACUUUACUAAAUAUCAGAUAACUAUUUUUCUUUUUGGGUGAAGACAACCGUCUUUUGUGUAUAUGUGCCGUUGUGUAAUCAUUUCCGCUGUGGGAACAAACAAUGGAGACGAGUAGGUAUCGCAGUAAUCGCUCGGGCGGAAUCCUCGGCCAACAACAGAGCGCAAGCGCCAGUAGCACCGCUAGUAGCAACAAUUCCGCCAGUUCAUCGUCUGGGGUGUCCAUAACCUGGACUAGGAGUUGCCAGGCAACUUGCAGCAAGCAGCCUUGUUUAAGCUGCGCGGGCAAUCCUUUGUUGACGCCCAGCAGUCAAAGUGGUGGUGGUGGUCCAGCCGCAGCAGCAGCCGCAGUUGCAGCCGCUGCAUCCGCAGCUGAAACGGAGCAUCGUAUUUACUUGCGCAGUCACCGGCAGCGACGCAAUCAACAGCUGCUGCAAAUCCAACAACAACAGCAACAGCAGCAGGUCGCCAAUUUAACCCUGCGUCCAUGGACGCGGUCCCGUGCGCAGCAGGUGCUGCACCACUAUCAGCUUGAGCAACUUCACCCGUCUCACACCGGUGUCGUCUACUUGACUAAUCCGAGCGAGCGGGCCGCCAGCAAAACAGGAAUACCCUUGGUUCAGCAACUACCGCCACCGCCGUUACCACAACAACAGCAGCAACAACAACAACAACAGCAGCAGCAGCAACAACAGAACGUCAGAUUGGCCUUGGCCGCUGUCACCAGAGCCUCAUCAUUGCCCACGGGUGUGGACCGGCGUCGCGUGACGCGUGGGAUGACAAUGGGUCAGAAGGUAUCUGGCGGAGUUAAAGGUCUCAGCGGUCGGGAAGGCAGUCACUCGUCGCUGGGCGGAGCCAAACCAUCCAAUUCUCGGCAUGAAAUGCCACACGAUUUUACUAAACCUUCGCGGCUGGAAGCUCUGCUCGACAUGCCGCCCACUUCCAGGGAAGUGGAAUUGAAGCAUGCGUGGAACGCGGACGACCGGUCGCUCAACAUCUUUGUCAAAGAGGAGGAUCCGUUGACGUUUCAUCGGCAUCCAGUGGCUCAGAGUACGGACUGCAUCCGCGGCCGCGUCGGUUUCACGCGCGGUCUCCACGUCUGGGAGCUCAAUUGGUCGACACGCCAGCGCGGCACUCACGCCGUCGUCGGUGUCGCCACCCUCACCGCCCCUCUCCACUCGGUUGGCUACCAGAGUUUGGUGGGCAGCAACGACCAAUCGUGGGGCUGGGAUCUUGGCCGCAACAAACUCUACCACGACUCGAAAAACCAAGCCGGAACCACUUACCCGGCCAUCCUCAAGUCGGACGAGAAUUUCACCGUCCCAGAUUCGUUUUACGUCGUUUUGGACAUGGACGAGGGAACGCUAGCCUUUGUCGUCGAUGGACAGUACUUGGGCGUGGCCUUCCGAGGUCUCAAAGGCAAGAAACUUUAUCCCAUCGUCAGCGCCGUCUGGGGGCAUUGUGAAAUUACCAUGAAAUACAUAGGAGGACUCGAUCCUGAACCGUUGACAUUGACAGACCUGUGCAGGCGAGUGGUUCGACAAACGGUGGGCAAACAGCGACUCGAGAGGCUGGACGAGCUCAACUUACCGCCGGCUCUCAAGAGUUACUUACUCUAUCAACACCGGCGAUGAUCCGUACCGCAUCGCAGAUGAAGUUGUCCAUCAAUCAACUCUCUAGAAAACAAAAAUACCAGAAGAAGAAAAAAACAAACAAAAAAAUAAGGCGAUUUUUUAAGGAAAAGGAGGGCCCAUGAAAACGGUUUACAAAGAACAAUUUUUCUCUUUUUAUAAAGGAGCUCUUUUGAAAUUUGAGCUCGACGAUUUCCAAUCUCACUUGACACGUCAGUGGAAUACAGAUCCUGAGAAGAAGGAAUUCCCCCCUCCCUUUUUAACCAAAAUACUGUUUUUUUAGAAAUUUUUAAAAAUGAAACAAAAAAUGACCAUCAUCUGAUCACACACCCGACCCCCGUGGAUAUAAAAGUGUUGUCUGCCUCCUUUAAUUUUUGCCUAUUUUUUAAAAAAAUCAUCUGUCGGUUCCGUUUUUUUAUUUUUCAUCUUUUCCGACCUCCUCCUCUUCCGCCAGACUCUUUUUUAUGUGUAAAACGUUGGAAUGAUUUUUUGUUUUGUAUGUGUCGUGUGUGGGAGAGGGGAGGGUAAUUAGGAACCCGGGAGCUCAAAAUUGAAACAACAAGAAGAAGGAAAAUAUUUCACUCCUUUAUGUUUUUUAAAAAAGAAAAUCAUCUUUUUUUUCUUUGGUUCGGAAAAAAAAAACUUAUUUUUCUUUUUAUGUAAUUUUUCCCUCCCCAACACAUUUUUGUUUUAUGUGUGUGUCUGUGUGGAUGUUUGCGAGACCAAAAGAAUUCUUUUGUUUUAUCUUUGUUUUCUUGUUCCGACACGGAUCCCAUUUAGACGCAACCCCCAAUCCUCCUCAUUGAAAAAAAGAUUGACAACGUUGUCAGGCGUGUGUAUGUGUUAUGCGGCAUGCCAAAUUUGUGUAAUUCGGAAUCUAAUGCUGCUCGCAAGAAAAGAAGGAAAAAGAAAAAAGAAGCAUUUUUUUAUUGUAUGCAUGUGUGCCUGUAUGUGUGCUGUAUUGUACGUCUUUCCCAAUUUUUAUUUUACAAAAAUCGACCGUGUGAAUCUGUCCUCCCCUCUCCACUUUUCCUUUUUUUGUUUUGAAUUACGAAACUUGAAAAAGCAGCGAGUAAUAAUCGAAAUGCGAUUCUCCUUUUCACAAAUCUCGUGUCUUGUGUCUUGACAAAAAAAGCCUCGUUUCCCUCCACAAAAAAGAAAGAAGAAAAGUAUCCAAAAAAACACUUUUUACAAAAAGAAAAAUCAUUCUGUUUAUUUUUUUUUUUUCGUCCAAAUUUAUAUUUUUUAAUUUCUUUGGCUGGCAUUUUUUUUUUUUUUAAAUUACCAUUUAUGAGUCAAGCGACUCUCGAUUUAUUUUGAAAAAAGAAAAAGCUCGUUUCAAUUUUUCUAAUUUUUUUCCCCCAACCACCCCGCCCACCACCCUCAAUCGUGUUUGAACCUCCCUCCAUACAGGACUAAAUCAAUAUUAUCCGUGUGCUGUGUGCGUGUGUCAUGAGUCUGGAGGAAAAC